UGUCCGGACUCGUAGCCCCGCUGUCCUUACCGGGACCCCUAGCCCAAGUCUAGGUCGCAGCCGCAACCCCAGCCGGUCGAGUCCCCUUUCAGCGCAGGUCCUUUCCCCGCACGCCCCGCGCUCCCUAACAUGCCCAACCCCAGCAGCACCUCCUCUCCCUACCCCCUCCCCGAGGAGAUUAGGAACCUGUUGGCAGAUGUUGAAACAUUUGUAGCAGACGUACUGAGAGGGGAAAAUUUAUCCAAGAAAGCAAAGGAAAAGAGAGACUCCCUUAUUAAGAAGAUAAAAGAUGUAAAGUCUAUCUACCUUCAGGAAUUUCAAGGCAAAGGUGAUAUAGAAGAUGGAGAAGAAUACGAUGACCCUUUUGCUGGGCCUCCAGACACUAUUUCAUUAGCCUCAGAAAGAUAUGAUAAAGAUGAUGAGGCCCCCUCUGAUGGGAACCAGUUCCCUCCAGUUGCAGCACAGGACCUUCCUUUUGUGUUAAAGGCUGGCUACCUUGAAAAACGCAGAAAAGAUCACAGCUUUCUGGGAUUUGAAUGGCAGAAACGGUGGUGUGCUCUCAGUAAAACAGUGUUCUAUUAUUAUGGAAGUGAUAAAGACAAACAACAGAAAGGUGAAUUUGCAAUAGAAGGCUACAAUGUCAGAAUGAAUAACACUCUUAGGAAGGAUGGAAAGAAAGAUUGCUGUUUUGAAAUCUCUGCUCCUGAUAAACGUAUCUAUCAGUUCACAGCAGCUUCUCCCAAAGAUGCCGAAGAAUGGGUACAGCAGCUGAAAUUUGUUUUACAAGAUAUGGGGUCUGAUGUUAUUCCUGAGGAUGAGGAUGAAAGAGGAGACUUAUAUGAUGAUGUUGAUCAUCCUCUACCAAUCAGCGGUUCACCAGCAAGCAGCCAGCCAAUUGACGAUGAAAUUUAUGAAGAACUUCCAGAAGAGGAAGAGAAUGGAGCUCCGGUGAAAGUGGAGGGGCAAAGGAAGAUGAGUCAGGACAGUGUUCACCACACCACAGGAGAUAAAAGCACCGAUUAUGCUAAUUUUUACCAGGGUUUGUGGGACUGCACAGGAGCUCUUUCUGAUGAAUUGUCAUUUAAACGUGGUGAUGUGAUUUACAUUCUUAGCAAGGAAUACAAUAGAUAUGGCUGGUGGGUAGGAGAAAUGAAGGGAGCCAUUGGCUUGGUGCCGAAAGCCUACAUAAUGGAGAUGUAUGAUAUUUGAGAGUCCUGGAAAAGGAAGAUUCCUCUGCUAGUGUGCAAAUGCUUUGGAUUGAGAAUCAUCGUGAAAGCAUGAGUGACAGCUCAUAACCUUUCUUUGUUUUGUUGAGCAUCGUUUGUCUUUGUUGUUUUAUGCAUUCAUUAUAAUAUUCCUCUGAUGUGAAAUUAAAUGAAGGAUAUUAAUGUAAAUUAGAUGCAAGCAGUAAAGUUAUACCUGUUGCUGUUUUUCAAAGAAAUAAUCAUGGGUUUAUUUACUCAUCUGAUUUGUGUGAAAAAUUCAGCACUAUUUUAUAUGUAUCACAUAAUCAUUGCUACUUCUAGUAAGAGUUGUAAUUUCUCUUAAUACUGGAUAUCAAUUAUUUUUUAGAAUGUAAUAUAGAAUUUCAUAAAAAUUUCAAUUGAAUGUAUCAUGAAAGUUUUUGGUAGAUGCUAUCUAAAGAAUGUAGCUUUGUUAAAACUUUGUAGAUGAGUUAUCUUAGUAUUUAUUUUUCAAGCAAUAGUAACAUGUUUUCAUGAAAGAAUUUUUACUGAUUGGGGAAUUUACUUUAUGUUAAAUAUAGCCACAAGAAAGAAAAACGAUAGAAUUGCAAAUGGGGAGUAUGCUGUCACCCUCUGCAACACACGUGAAGACCAGAACCAUGGUUUGUGCAAAGCCCUUUACCAAUAAUAAAUACCCCGGUUAUAUAAUGGGCUUGCCAACAUUUUCUACUGUAGUUUUCUUUAAAUUUAAUGAAACAAAAAUUUUGUGAGAGGUCCCAUUCUGCCACUAACGUAAUGGCAUAAAGAAUCUCAAUGUAUUCUCAAAAGUCAGAAGGCAUAACUGAGUACUGUUACCCUGCCUGAUUGUUACUGUGAUAUUAAAGUACCACCACAAAACAGUGAAAGUCCAGAUUUGGGCCUGCUCUGCACCUCUGAAAGCGAUGAGAAGAGAAGGGAGGCUCAGAGAGGAGGGUGUAGAAAUCCGGUGGGAACAUGUACCCAGGUACAGGUGAAUGGAAGGGUAGUGUUAGUCGGACAUUGGAGGUGUGCGUUGUAAUCCAGAGCAAGGUUUGUGGAGUUAUAUUAUUACUUUUUCAUGUAUGUUUGAAAUCAAAGGUAUUUUAAAUGUCUACAAGGUACCACUAUGGUAUAUAUAUCAAAAUAUACUGCUGAUUGGAUAAUUAUUUGAAGUAAAUAUAAUCUGCUAAUAUUGAAUCCUUGAUUAGAAGGUACUACUUUUGUUGAGUUUUCAGAUCUUUGCUUUAAAGAUAAAGAUUCUAACCAUGCAAACGAGCCGAUGUUUAAAACCCUCCAUUAUUUAUAAAAACUAUCUACAAGCAAUAUUUCAGAGUUUAUGUUUUACUAUUAUCCCCUCUGUACUGUGAUUAUCAGAUUUCACAUGUAAAAAAUAUAUAUUAAUUUGGGGGAUUGUGGGUGAAUUCUAGUUUAUAUAGAUUAGACCAUGUCAAGUUAAAGCUUUCAGAAAUUAAUUUAUGCACUUGUUAAUCUUCUCCUAAUAUAGAGCCAUUGGGAUAGAUUGAAAUCAUCUUGGCAGAAGUGAGACAACUGGUGAUGAAUUUAGUGGAUUGGUUUUCAAAGCCUGAGAGAUUGAAAAGUGAAAGCAGCUGUGGGUUCCACUGAAAAUGUAGACUUCCUUGUGGGCACAGAUUUUGUGCUUCUGGCCUAAAUGAAGAUUUUAGGCUUGGGCCAGUAGAUGGCAGCAGCUUUUCAUUGCAUAGGAACGCACUUGGAAACCCCUCCUCCACUCAGGCACAGACUCACUCCAAACGUAAAGUAUUUAGAAGAUUAUUGCCUGUUUUUACAGUUAAUCCAGGAGAGGGAGUCCUUUGCCAACUGAUGCCAGAUAGUCUCUGGAAUGGUGACAGUAGAGAAAAAAAGUGUUAACUUUUGUCCAGAGCUCCUCUGGCCUUUGUUCUUUUUCACUUGAAUAUAGGUGGGAGAUGAGAAAGGAAACAAAACAUUUUUAAUUGGACUGACAGGAAAAAACAAUCAUUACUUUCAACUCAUGACUACUUUGUAUUCAUUUGGUGAAAUCAUCUGUAUACUAGGAGGCGGAAAGUUUUCUUUACACCCUUGACAAUAUAUCACGCACUCUUCGAGAUCAUAAUAAUAAUCAUUAAUGUGAAUUUAAACAACAUGGCUUGUUAGAAAAUAUGCUAAUUGCUAUGUUCUCAUUAUGUUUGCUUAGCUUUUAUUUGUUUUUCUAUGAACAGAGAGCUAAUUUUUUUCAAAGGUGAUUGUAAGUCAUAUUUUACAGAGCGUUUUGCUUGAUUAUUUGCUCUGUACUGAAUUUGUACUCUAUUGCCAUUAGAUGUUACAAUAAUGUUCCACUCUGCAAAUU